CUCCGCGAAGUUACGGACGAACUUGGCCAUGGUUUAGGGUGGAAGGUCCGUCUCCUCGAACCGCCGGCUGAAUGUCACCCUCGGAAGGACCCGUGGCAGGCCCCCUGCCCCACUUCCAAGUUACAGAGGCGGCAUGGAAUUAGAGGAAUCUACACUGAAAACAAGGCACGCGUGGAGGAAAGGUCUACAGAACUACAAAGACGUGAAGGGAACUGAGCGCUGCUGCCCUUCAAUACGGAGAAAAAUGAUUGCAGUAUGAGCUUCAGGUGCCAGAAGACACAUUUCUUAACCGGCUUGCACUGAGAACUGAUUCCUGAACCAACUCAGCAUGGCCUAUAGAGAAGGUGGGCAUGACCAGCCCCCCUCAGUGACCCCUUCCCAGUUUAGCCCUCUUAGUCUUUCCACCAACAGCACCCCAACACAUAAUAUAUGCAUGGUGUCUGACUUUUUCUACCCAAACAUGGGAGGUGUGGAAAGCCACAUUUACCAGCUCUCUCAGUGCCUCAUCGAGAGGGGGCACAAGGUCAUAAUCGUCACCCAUGCUUACGGAAAUCGAAAGGGCAUCCGUUACCUCACCAAUGGCCUCAAAGUUUAUUACUUGCCUCUCAGAGUCAUGUACAACCAAUCUACAGCCACGACUCUCUUUCACAGUCUGCCAUUGCUCAGGUACAUAUUUGUUCGGGAGAGAGUUACCAUAAUCCAUUCCCACAGUUCUUUUUCUGCCAUGGCCCACGAUGCCCUCUUCCACGCCAAGACAAUGGGGCUUCAGACAGUCUUCACAGACCAUUCCCUUUUUGGAUUUGCUGAUGUCAGCUCGGUGCUUACAAACAAGCUUCUAACUGUGUCUCUCUGUGACACAAACCACAUCAUUUGUGUGUCUUAUACAAGUAAGGAAAACACUGUCUUACGAGCAGCACUGAAUCCUGAAAGAGUGUCUGUCAUUCCUAAUGCUGUGGAUCCUACUGACUUCACCCCAGGGCCACUUCAGAGGCAUGGCAGUGGGAUAACUAUUGUUGUCGUGAGCAGACUUGUUUACAGAAAAGGGAUCGACCUGCUCAGUGGGAUUAUACCUGAACUCUGUCAGAAAUAUCCCGAGUUAAAUUUCCUAAUUGGAGGAGAGGGACCAAAGAGUAUAGUUUUGGAAGAAGUACGGGAAAGAUACCAACUGCAUGACAGGGUGCAUCUUUUGGGAGCUUUAGAACACAAGGAUGUCAGAAAUGUCUUAAUUCAAGGCCAUAUUUUUCUUAAUACCUCCCUGACCGAAGCCUUCUGCAUGGCAAUCCUGGAAGCCGCCAGCUGUGGUCUACAGGUCGUCAGCACCAAGGUUGGUGGGAUUCCCGAAGUCCUUCCAGAGAAUCUUAUUAUUUUAUGCGAACCUUCAGUAAGAUCUUUAUGUAAAGGGCUGGAAAAAGCUAUUUUCCAAGUGAAGUCAGGGAUGUUACCAGAUGCAGAAAAUAUCCACAACGCAGUAAAGGCUCUCUACACCUGGCGGAAUGUGGCGGAGAGAACGGAGAAGGUAUACGAGAGGGCAGGGAAGGAAGCUGUGCUGCCGAUGCAUAAGAGGCUGAACAGGCUCGUCUCUCACUGUGGCCCAUUUACAGGUCACAGCUUUGCUUUGCUGGCUGUGUUCAGCUAUCUUUUCCUCAUGUUCCUGAGAUGGAUGACUCCUGAUUCGGUCAUUGAUGUGGCAAUAGAUGCCACUGGGCCGAGGGGAGCAUGGGCUCAUGAGUGUCCUCAUGAUAUAAAAGGAGACGAGACUGACAAGGUAUCCAAAGGCAGGUGGAAGUGAGUCUGAACUGUAAACUUUGGCAGUUCUAUUAACACAGUUAAAAAUAACCUUGUUCCUUUGUUUUUGGGCUUUGAUGUUGACUUGACAAAUCAUGCUAUCUCUGUAGCAUUUACUGUUUCAUUUGAGGAAAGUGAAACACUCACACGAUUUCUGAUCUUAGAAACUCCUUGCACUUCUUUAACUUUAGGGAGACUGGUUUGGCCAGUCAGGUAUGAAAGUUUUAGAUUACUGAAAUCCCUUCAAUGGAGAUGUUUUAACAUUACAUGUAGGGAGCCUUGGGUACUGGGUUAAUUCUGGCCAGUUUUUAACACUAUGCCAUCAAUUCAACAUCUACCAGACACAUACAAGCUUUCUUUAGGGAGAUAUAAAUAUGUGAAAUAUUUUAAGUCAAGCUGUUGUUUCGUUAUUGGGUCCUGAGAUGAUACUCUUACACAUGGAUCCACAUUUUUUUAAACUAUGUAUACAAUGUUAGAAAAGGCCAUGAGAUCUCAUUGUAGAUGGUUGUGAGCCACCAUGUGGUUGCUGGGAACUGAACUCAGGACCUCUGGAAGAGCAGCCAAUGUUCUUAACCUGAGCCAUCUCUCCAGUCCAGCCAACAUGUUUUAAGCAUCUGCUCUGUAUGAAAUGAGGGACUAGGCAGUACCUGUCACUGAGGACUAGUUCAUGUGGAGAGGCAACAGUUAACAUGCCCUGAAUGCUCUGCUACUUAGUGUGAGGACAGUGCCACCAUCACAAGCCUACUCAGUGCCUCUCUAACCCUGCUGUAUGCAUUCUCCUAAUUCUCCCAGGUGGACACUUCAUAUGUGUGGAUGAAGAGAUUCUGCUUUUUAAGUCCCAGGGGCCAGUACCACUGCUGAUACUAGUGUAGGCUUAAAAAAAUUACUUAUUAUUGUUGUAUGUGUAAGACAUGUAUGUAGGUUAAAACAAUGUUUCUAUAUACAGACCCUGAUUCUAACUGUCAGUGUUUGUGGAAACACAUCAUUCCACCUAGCUACUUACAAUUAUUUAAAGUGAAGUGAACAUUAGUGAACACUGAGGAAUUUUCUAAUAAGAUUGCAUUUUUUUGUUUUGUUUUUGUUUUUCGAGACAAGGUUUCUCUGGGUAACAGUUCUG